GGAACAGCAGCAACCAUGAGGGCAUUCAUGAUCGUGGUGCUCGCCGCAUCGGCGAUGGCGCGACCGGAAGCCGGCUACUCGUACUCCCAGCCCAGCUCUAGCUACGGCGCACCUAGCGGGGGUGGAUCCACCGGAAUCGGCGGUGGAUUGGGCGGAGGUUUCGGCGGCGGAUUUGGCGGUGGCCUCGGAGGAGGCGGCGGACUUGGAGGAGGCGGCGGAGGCGGCGGCGGAUUCGGCGGCGGAUUCGGCGGCGGUCUUGGCGGUGGUCUCGGCGGCGGUCUUGGCGGCGGUCUCGGCGGCGGCGGCGGCGGCGGUGGCGGAUUCGGUGGCGGAUUCGGCGGCGGCGGCGGCGGUGGCGGCGGAUUCGGAGGCGGCUCUCUGAUCCAGAAGCACAUCUACGUCCACGUGCCGCCACCAGAGGCCCCCGAGGACAGGCCCAGCAGACCGAUCGCUCCUCCGGCGCCGGCCCAGAAGCACUACAAGAUCAUCUUCAUCAAGGCGCCGACGCCGCCAACGCCGACCGCACCGAUCAUCCCGGCGCUGCCGCAACAGGAUGAACAGAAGACCUUGAUCUACGUGUUGGUCAAGAAACCAGAAGAGGCGCCCGAGAUCAACCUGCCGACCAUCGCGCCCACGCAGCCCAGCAAGCCCGAGGUCUACUUCAUCAAAUACAAGACACAGAAGGAGGUCACCGGCGGAGGCGGCGGCGGCGGUGGCGGCGGAAUCGGCGGCGGAAUCGGCGGAGGAAUCGGCGGAGGAAUCGGCGGAGGAAUCGGCGGAGGAAUUGGCGGAGGAAUUGGCGGAGGUAUCGGAGGAGGAAUCGGUGGAGGAAUCGGCGGCGGUUUGGACGGCCACGGAGGCGGCGGCGGCGGAAUCGGCGGUGGAAUCGGCGGCGGAAUCGGUGGCGGCAGCGGCCCAAGCGGGCCCAGCUCGAGCUACGGGGCGCCCGGCGGCGGCGGCUCGGGGCCCUACUAGUCAGCCAAUCUGUCCCCGCAGAUCAUCCUCCUCCACCCGCAAUCGGCCUAACUCCCACGCUCCGCGACACGCACGCAUUCACGACUUCGGCC